UUUGUGACAUUUGUUUUGCUUGCGCUUCUGGUAGAAAGGUAUUGUUCGCUUUUUCAAACAGACGAAAACUAAACAUAUUUUGCAGUAAUUGUAAUGUGAAUAAUUCUCGGUGCAGUGUUACAACAUAAUGGGUCUAAAAACAAUCGACAUCUUGGUGACGUUGCUCUUGAAUUUAAUACAAUACGGUUGCUCUGAGCACAUCCUGUCCUGCAAUGUAACGGUUCUGAACCCGUGUCCUCCGAACCAGAAGUGCGUUGGGAAAACGAGUCAAUGUGAGUGUCUGGAGGGGUUUGUGCGCGUCGGGGAUGAUUGCGAGACACCGGCGGAUGCGUCAGGGCCGCACAGCGGUGUGACGGUAGCUCUAGUAACAAUAUGCACGCUUGCUCUCCUUAUAACAGGCGCUGUGUUGGUAGUUAGGAAGUACAAUUUAGUUGAUUAUGUCCGGCAGAAGAUUGAGGCAAGACGGACACAUGAUGUCAUGUACGAAGACGUUAUGAUCGGUAACGACGACCCGCCUCUCAGCCCCUAGUUGCCUUGCCGUAUAUUAUUUAUUGAUGUAGCUUGUAAUUGUUAUAUGUAAUGGGAAUAUAAUUAAUUUGGAAGUGUUUUGUUGAUACUAGUUUGGAUUAAGAUAACAUGUUAUUGAUUAUGAUAAUUUUUUGUUCCUUUGUAACAUCAUGUUGUUAAUAUGAAAACAGUUACUUUGCAAUGUUAGAAUUAUUUUAUCAAUACCUGUUCUUACCUAGUGCAAAUGUAUGAAACAUUUUGAAGUAACAGGUUUAGUUUUUUUUCCUUAUUCAACAGGAAAAAUAGUGUGCUUAACAUUUUAUUCAUAGCAUUUGCAUGCUUUUAUGAAUUUCUACAGCCCCAUUAUUAUUAUUUCUAUAAACAAUAAUAGCUUGUGAUUGAGACAAAAACUUUCUAGAAAGUUUUAGAAAGUAACAGAUUGAGAAUAAGUAAUUACUAGUUCUCUAAACUAUUAGCAACAACAUUUCAGCUUUACAUUUAGUAUUUGUAUCUCUGUAGCAGCUUUUGAGCACAUUAUUUAAUUUUGUCUGUUUGAAAUAACAAGCACAAAAGAAAAGCCAAUGAAAUUCACACAAAUACUGUUUUGUUAUCAAGGAAAGUGAAAUUGGCAUCGGACCAAAUAUCUGAGUACAAGAAAGGUCAAACGAAACACUUCCAAAUACAAUGUUAAAAUGUAUUAAAAAUAAAUAUUUUCUGUGUUGUCUUUUUGGCUAAGUACACAAAGGUAAUUCACACACACAUACAAGCUGUAACAUACAGAUACAGUGUCUUAUAGUCAUUAUUUGUUAAUGAAAAUAAACUCAGAUCCCAUUCCGUAUGAUGAAAUGAAUAAUUCAUAAACCGAUGAACUAUCUCCAGCUAAUAAAGACAUCAUUUAUUCUUGUUACUUGAACAAAGGGCACUGUUUAUAGUUGAGAUAAAAACAACAACUGAUAGUAUCAAUGACAACAUAAUUUCCCCACAUGUCAUAACUUGUACAACUGUGUAUGUGUGCGUGAUGCCUGCUUGUGUACAAUGAAUCACCUUGCCUAUAAAAUGUGGGUAAACAAAUGCCUAUUACGAAGUAUGAUAAAUAUAGGAUAGCUCUUUAUAAUUAAUACAUUGUUACUCUUCUUUUAUCUCAAUGUGAUAGUUUGUUAAUGAUUUUAAACUUUUAAAUGACACUCCGGAACUCACACAGCAAAAUUAUUCAUAUUGUUUAUUGAACAAAUUCUGAGUAAUGUUCUAGUAGGUAGUUGCAAUUGAGUAGUUAACUGGUAAAAACUGGUCAUUGUCUUGUCUGCUGAGACAAAGAAACUUGACAUUUGUGAAUCACCCUUUAGUAAAAAAUCCUUGUAAUUAAUUAAAUAUCCAGCACAAGUUAGUUUCCCUUUUUUCUUUUGUUUACAACUGGAGGUAUAUCACAAACAUGUUGUAGAAGUAAUUUAACUUGUUAAUGAGUAAAAGUGUUAUCUUUUUAUUUGUAGCUUAAGCAUACAUUAGCCAUUAUUUUAUUGUGUUGCAUAUUUGUUCUAACAUUCAUAGUUUUCUAUAUUUCUUAGUUAAGUUCAUGUUAGAUUUUGCUUCUGCUCAAUUUAGCCAAAGACUGAAUGGUGUUGCCAGUUAUAAACGACAUAUAUUUUCACAAUUUAUUUUGUAUAUUUUGCUUUAGUUAGAUUGUCUUUUUUACAUUAAAACGAAUUGUAUUUCUAUGAAAAAUGAUGCAGGCUAAUUUUUACUAUGUCAAAAUUAUAGUAUUGAAUUUGCCAAUUUUGUAAGUCAAAUAAUUUUGUAAGAAUUAUAAUCUUAUAAGUUGUCAAAAGGUUAAUGGUAUUGUAUUAAAUUAUCUCUAUUUUAAUUAUUUAUUUAUUGAUGUAUGGUGUUGAAAUUGUAAUUGGAUUUAGUUAUAAUAAUUUGGCACAAAUUAUAAUUAUUAUUAAACAAAUUGAAAUGGAACUGAAAUGUUUUUGUUAGAGCUGCAUAUGCAUACUUAUUCAUCAACUUGCAAUUUUUCUCAUUAUUUCCUUUCCAUAUUAUUAUGAUUAUUUUACUUUGAACUUUAACUCUAGUGGAAUAGACACAUUUUCCAAUGUCACAGACAAUUUAAAUAAUUUUAAUAGGCAAUCAGGUUUUGGUUUACUCAAAAAUAUUGAAUUUAAUUUUUGUUUUCUUUUAUUCUAGGUACCUAAGUAUAUUAGUAAUAUUAUAAAUAUAGUUUUGUAUGAUUGUGUUAGAAGCAGCUAGUAGCACAGCUUCUUCGCUUAGUUUAGCAGCAUGAAUUAAGUAUUGCAUUUAGUGUUAGUCAUUUAAAAAUAUUCUUUAAAAUAUGGAAGAAAGCAGUAACAUUAUAAUAUAUUAUGUAUCAAUACAUUCCCAAAAUAUUUUUUACCUGUCAAAGGUUGACAAUCAUAGUAUCACAUUCUGGGUCAAAAGUUUGUACAAUAAUUAUGAAAUGAUUUAAAAAAAUAUUUUUAUUAUUUUUGUGACAAAGAUCGUAAAAUGCGAUCUAAGACUACAUUAUUCAAUUUAAUGAAAAUUUUCUUUGAAUUCUAUUCUGUAUCACUUCCACUCAUACGAAACUUUACAAAAAUAGCUUCUAUAAUAAUAUGUGCUUAUGUGUACUGCUAUAUGAAUGUAACAUAUGUAAACUACAUGUAUAUUACUAUAUCUUAUAAUAUAUUUAGCUAAGUAAACCCAUAAAUAGCAAAAUAUAUUAAGGUUAUAUUUUUGAAAUAAAUACUCUGUGAUACUGUGCAA